AUGGUAAAGAAGGACUUAGGACUCGAUGAUGGCGAGGGAUUUAUUCUAAUCUCUGAUUGUCAAAAGGGACUGAUUAGUGCUGUCCAACAGGAGCUUCCUAAAAUAGAGCAUAGGAUGUGCGUGAGACAUAUCUAUGGAAAUCUGAAGAAAAAGCAUGGGAGUAAAAGCGACAUGAAGCCUUACAUAUGGAGGUUAGCUUGGAGUUACAACGAAGCAGAGUAUCAGCAAAAUCUUGAUAGGAUUUUUAAUUACGAUGUUGGUGUAUACGAUGAUGUUCAGAAGACAAAUCCAAAGUCAUGGUGCAGAGCAUUCUACAGGUUGGGGCCGUAUUGUGAAGAUGUUGAAAAUAACUCGACGGAGUCUUUCAACAACACUAUUACGAAGGCAAGAGAUAUGCCAUUUGUGCCUAUGCUAGAGAGUAUAAGAAGACUUGCCAUGGCUCGCAUUGCAAAGCGAUCUGCUAUCUCUCAUUCUCACAAAGGGACUUGUACACCUUAUGUGACAGACUUUCUUAAGGAAGAGAAGAAGGAUGCUUCGCUUUGCAAAGUUACAAGAAGCACCAACGGAAUGUAUGAAGUUAAGUUAAGUUCAUGCACUUACCGGGUCAGCUUGGAUAAUUUCACCUGCUCGUGCAAGAAAUUUGAGAUAUGUGGUAUUCCCUGUGAGCAUGCAUAUGGAGUCAUUCUUCAUAAGAAGCUUAAGCCUGAGGAUUUCGUUUGUCAGUGGUUCAGAACAGCGAUGUGGAGAAGAAACUAUGUAGAAGGCCUUGUGCCGGUUAGAGGUGCUCCGUUUUGGCCAGCAACAGGGGCUCCAGACAAUCAUAUUCCACCUGAGCCAGACCAACCGGGGAGGAAGAAGGUCACUAAGGCCGACAAAAAAAGGAAGAAAGGUGUGAACGAGUCUCCAACCAAGAAGCAACCGAAACAUAAAAAACGGAUUAUGCAUUGUGGAAUAUGUGGCCAACCUGAUCACAAUUCGAGAUUCCAUACGAAAAAUAAGACUUCUCAAGGUGCUCCUACUCAAGUUGCUUCUCAAGGUUCUUCUCAGGUUGCUUCUCCAGCUGCUUCUCAAAGUUCUUCUCAGGUUGCUUCUCCAGCUGGUGCUCAAAUCAUUCAUGGGUAUGAAGAUAUGUGUUGA